GUUCAAACUAAAUAAAUUAAUAAAAAGACUCUCUGUCUCUGUCUCUCAAUUAUUAAACAGUAAAAAACACAGAGCUUAAAACCCAAUUCUCUCUCGUUAGGGUUUCACAAAUAUAUCGAGUUCAAUUGAUGCGAAUUGGGUUCGAAUUGGAGGCUUCCGAUCAGUGAAUUGCAGUUUAAUUCCGUAACAGCAUACGAGAUGGAAGGAGACGGUGAUGAAAUUAGCGUACACGAACUCGUCUCCAAUCUCUCUAAUUACAAACAACAGCUUCAACAGGUUAGGAGCCUCUUGGAUGAUGAUCCUGGGAACUCUGAAUAUGAAGACAUGGAAAAAGAGCUUGCAGAGGUAAUUGCUUUGACGGAAGAACUCUUGGAAUCUGCAAAGCAAAAUGAGAAAUCAGGCAUGAUUACUGGAACAGGUUCUGAUGUAUCUCAUAGUUUGCACCAUCCUGAAGGAGUCUCUCCACAUUACCUGGAAUCAGGUCUCAUGUCUGAUCAGUCUGACAGACUCCCUAUUGGCACCAAAGUUCAAGCAGUUUAUAGUGAAGAUGGGGAGUGGUAUGAUGCAACGAUUGAUGCAUUUACACCAAACGGCUAUCUGGUGUCAUAUGAGGGAUGGGGCAAUAAGGAAGAGGUGGAUCCUGCAAAUAUUAGGCCGUUGCAAGAAGGGGCUGUAGAUACAAUUUUAGAAGCUGAGAAGGAAGCUGAGGCUACAAAACUUGCUCUCAAGCGGAAAAUUGCUCAGGCUGCUUCUGCUGAUACUGACCUCCAGUCCCGUAGUUUACCAGCAAAGCUACGUAUUGAGCCUGAGGACAGUGAAGAUGUGAAAGCUGCCAAACGUAAGAAGAUACAUGCUUUCAAGUCAAAGAUGCGGAAGGAGCAACUUGAGAUGACACAGAAUAAGAGGCAGAAUGCAUGGCAGCAAUUUCAGACCACCAAAGGCCGAGCUAAGAAGAUUGGUUUUUUCUCUGGUCGCAAACGUGAGAGCAUUUUUAAAUCUCCGGAUGACCCUUUUGGAAAGGUUGGUGUAAUUGGAAGCGGAAAAGGAUUGACGGACUUUCAGAAAAGGGAAAAGCACUUGCAUCUGAAAGGAGCAAAUGCUGAUGGCACAGAUGAAUAGAUAGUCAAAAGAUUGAUGAGGGUUGUCUGAGGCGUCUUUUCUGUAUGUUACUUUGAAUUUGUAUGCUGUUCAUCUAGCUUCAGUGCAAAAUGUUCCGAUAUAUGACAGAUAAAGUAGGCUGUAACCCUAACAUAUACUUGUGAACACAAAGUUUUAAAUUUGGUUAACCUGGUUUAUGAUAUAUGUGAGGUUCCUGUUGC